UGAAAUUCUGCCCGGAACCGGAACAGUUGAACCUGUAGCAUGAACUGGAGUUGUGUGGACUUGCGGCUGCUCUCACCCCGGCUCACCUCUGAGUGACUCCGGAUUUGUCGGUGAACGGUUUCGCCACAUUUCCUCGUGAGGAGCCGGUCAGAAAGGGGGGUGAAGUCAUGUUCAGACUCCUCAGUCACCAAGGGAAGAGGACGCAGAGCUGCCUCGCAGGCCAGCGGCGCUAUGAGCACCACAGGGCCGUCAUGGCCAUCCGCAGAGAGGAUAUCAACCCCUGGGAGAGGAGGGCGCCUCUGGCCCCGCGCCACGUCAAAGAGCUCACCAACGCCGGCGUCAAAGUUCUGGUGCAGCCAUCCAACCGCAGAGCCAUCCACGAGAAGUACUACAUGAGGGCUGGGGCCAUCGUUCAGGAGGACAUUUCGGAGGCGUCUCUGAUAAUCGGGGUGAAGAGGCCACCGGAGGAGAAGGUCUUUCCCAGGAAGACAUAUGCUUUCUUCUCCCACACCAUCAAGGCUCAGGAGGCCAACAUGGGGCUUCUGGACGACCUGCUGACGAAGGAGGUUCGUCUGAUCGACUACGAGAAGAUGGUUGAUCCUAACGGCUACCGCAUCGUAGCGUUUGGUCAGUGGGCCGGUGUCGCAGGAAUGAUUAACAUUUUGCAUGGAUUGGGACUGCGCUUUCUGGCUCUUGGGCACCACACUCCCUUCAUGCACAUUGGUAUGGCUCAUAACUACAGGAACGUCAGCCAGGCCAUCCAGGCAGUGAGGGAUUGUGGGUAUGAGAUCUCCAUGGGGCUCAUGCCCAAAUCAAUUGGCCCCCUCACGUUUUGUUUCACCGGUACUGGCAACGUAUCCAAGGGAGCACAAGACAUCCUUAAUGAGCUUCCUGUUGAAUAUGUUGAACCACAUGAGUUGAAGGAUGUCUCUGAAACAGGAGAUAUGACCAAAGUGUACGCCACCGUUCUGAGCCGACAUCACCACCUGAUGAGGAAGAGCGAUGGAAUUUAUGACCCCAUGGAGUACGAGAACCACCCGGAACUGUAUACUUCACACUUCAGGACCAGCGUGGCGCCCUACACGACCUGUUUGAUCAAUGGUAUUUACUGGGACCCCCACACCCCCCGACUGCUCAGACGACUGGAUGCCCAGAAGCUGAUGAGACCGCCCAAGGUCUCGCGUACAGCCACCGAGGGAUCACCAGUGCUGCCACACAAACUGCUGGCCAUCUGUGACAUAUCUGCUGACACUGGAGGCUCUAUAGAGUUCAUGAACGAGUGCACCACCAUUGAUAAGCCUUUCUGUAUGUACGACGCGGACCAGCACAUAGAUCACGACAGGCUGCUGGAGUCCGAUGUUCAAGAUUUCAGUGUGGAGGGAAACGGGAUUCUGAUGUGCUCCAUUGACAACCUUCCCGCUCAGCUCCCCAUCGAAGCCACAGAGUAUUUUGGAGACCGACUCUUCCCCUACAUCUGGGAGAUGCUGCCUUCAGACGCCACCAGACUGCUGGAGGAAGAGGACUUCAGCCCACAAGUCAGAGACGCUGUCAUCACUUCAAACGGAGCACUCACCCCAAAGUUUGAAUACAUUGAGAAGCUUCGAGAAAGAAGGGAGAAGGCACAGAUCAUGAAGAAGACUGGGAUGAAGCGCGUUCUGCUGCUGGGUUCAGGAUACGUCUCCGGACCCAUAGUUGAGUAUUUGACUCGUGACGAGGGGACCCAGGUCACUGUGGCGUCGGUGCUGCUGAGGCAGGCGGAGGAGCUGGCAGCAAAAUAUCCCAACACCAUCCCCAUAAUGCUGGACGCCGGCAGCCAGGAAGGACACCUCGACUCUCUGGUCAAAGAUCAUGACCUGGUCAUCAGCAUGCUGCCGUACUCAUUUCACCCACUCAUCGCCAAAAGUUGCAUCAAAAAGAAGGUAAACAUGGUGACAGCCAGCUACCUGAGUCCUGCCAUGAAGGAGCUGCAGAGCAGUGCGGAGGAGGCGGGCAUCACCAUAGUGAAUGAGAUGGGACUGGACCCUGGCAUCGACCACAUGCUGGCUAUGGAGUGUAUCGACCGGGCCAAAGCUGACGGCUGCACUGUGGAGUCGUACAGCUCUUUCUGCGGAGGUCUUCCUGCUCCUGAAUGUUCGGACAAUCCUCUGCGCUAUAAGUUCAGCUGGAGUCCAUAUGGCGUCCUUCUCAACACCAUCAGCCCCGCCAUCUUCCUCAGAGACAACCAGGUGGUAAGCAUCCCAGCUGGUGGGUCUCUGAUGGACUCCACCACGCCUAUGGAUUUCCUUCCUGGUUUCAACCUGGAGGGAUUUCCAAACCGUGACAGCACCAAGUACGCCGAGCCCUAUGGCAUCCAGUCAGCACACACACUGAUCAGAGGAACACUGCGCUUCAAGGGCUUCUCGAAGGCCAUGAGUGGGUUUGUCAGACUGGGUCUGAUCAAUAGCGAGGCCUGUCCGAUCCUGCACCACACUUCAUCUCAUGUUUCCUGGAAAGAGCUUCUCUGCAAGCAUUUGGGAUUGUCCUCUUCUAUCUCCCAUGAUGCCUUUGAAGAAGCCGUAUACGAACGCAUCGGAAAGGACGACUUCAGGAUGGACAGCCUGAGAUGGUUUGGGAUGUUGAGUGACGAGUUGGUGCCGCACGCCGACAGCAUACUGGCUGCUCUGGCAAAACAUCUGGAAGCCAAACUCUCCUUCGAUAAGGGCGAGCGAGACAUGAUCAUCAUGAGGAACGACGUGGGGCUUCGCCACCCAACUGGCGAGCUGGAGACCAAACACAUUAGCCUGGUGGUGUACGGCGACCCCAACGGCUUCUCCGCCAUGGCCAAGACUGUAGGAUACCCAGCAGCCAUUGGUGCUCGCAUGGUCCUUGAUGGUGAAAUCAGUACAAAGGGACUGGUGGUUCCAAUGACGAAAGAUGUAUAUGGGCCGACGCUGGCCCGACUGAAGGAGGAGGGACUUCACUUCAUGUCCAAGAGCACCCUGCAGGAGUAGAGCUGACAACAGCAGGAAAAAUGUAUACAAUCCUCAUUCUAUCAGAUGCCUUUUCACCAGCUUUAUCGUCUUCUGACUCACCUGCCUGCUUGUAGUCGGUGUUUAAAAGUAUAUCGCUAACUCACCUCUGCCUGGGGCUGAUAAAAUAAAUAUUAGUUAUGUUAUUUAUCUUUCAAAUGUGAACAGUUAAAGGGGGUAAAAAUAGUUUGAAAGUGGAAAAGGUCAGAUGUUGUUUUUAUUUUAUUGAAAUUAAAUUUUAUGACUAUUUGCUUCAAAACCACGUUUGUACGUUUUAGGCCAAAAAGCUGAAAAGGCAGCUGGUGUUAAUAUUCAGUAAGUUGCAGUUUAAUAUUUUCUGAGUUUGGCUAAAUUUACUCAUCUGUGAGAAACUGAAACAGUUUCACGGGCGUCGACUGUUUCAGAGAAAAGUUCUUCUGUGAAGAUGUGCAAAAGGUCGACUGAUCAAACACUAUUUUAGGCAUUAGAAAUUUGAAGCAUUAAAAGCACAAACAUGUCUGAUUAAUCAGGUAAAUAUAGUGUAGAAACAGCUUUGGCUGGGAUUUGAGAAUAUAUUCUUCACACUUAAUGGUUCUGACAUCAUACGACAAAACCACGUCAGCUCUAAUCAGUGUUGUUGUAAGUGUUGUCACCAUUUUACAACAAAAUGAAAAGUGAAGCAUUCAGUCAGUUCAGUGGCAGUCAGACUGAUGAUUUUUUUUAAACUGCUCAUGCGAUCAUAUAUCUUCAAUGUUUUUAUUAAAAAUGUCCAACUUGCUAAACCUUUCCAAGUUUUAACUGUCUUUUUCCCCAUCACCUCAAAUAGCAUCUUCAUUAACAGAUGUUUGGAUUACUUGAAGGUCCAGUGUGUAACAUUUAGGAGGAUCUGUUGGCAGAAAUUGAAUAUAAUACUUCGUGCUUGGAAGGGGAGGGUGAAGCGAGGGAGUUGCAGUCUGCAACUACACUGCUAGACGCCACUAAAUCCUACACACUGGUCCUUUUUAAAUAUCCAGAAAACCCAGCUCAAUACUGCAAUGACCUUCAAACUGUGAUGCAAGAAAAACCUCAGUUACUAGCCCUCUAUUAGUAUUUCUUGAAAAUCAAAAAGAGCAAAAGUCCAACAUCAAAAUUGUGAAACUGUUCCAGUUCACAGGAUAUAAAUACUAUCACAGUAUAGGGAUUGUACGUUGUUCAAUUUGUAUGGCAGACAGCAGUUAGUGGCACUGUUUUUAAAGACUGUACCAGUAUUUACCAAGUUUGUCUCAUUUUUCCAAAGACAAAAACUUUUUCCUUCUUAAUAAUUGGAAAAUCCAGGACAAAAAGGCUUUAAUCUACAUCUGAUCUCCACAAUGUAUCUCAACAAACUGAGAUAAUAAUUAAUAAUGAAGAUAUGAUGACUUUUAUCUUGAGAUGGGGGCUGAAUCAUUAACCGCUUUUUAAACAAAAUCAAUUUGAAUUGUGUUUUUUAAGCUUUACAGCUUUAACUCUCUGAAUCAGAACCUCCAGGAUUUCAUUGAUUGGCAUAUCUUGAGAACUGUUCAUCCGAUCGACCUCACACUUGGCGGGUGUAUUGCAGAGGGAGUGCAGUGUUGAGUUUGGUUUGAAGUCGAUCAGACUUGCAAGCCAUCGCCCUGAUCCGAAGGGGCACUGCACUAGUUUUCAUGUAAAAACACGAAAUUGCCCAAUUGCAAUUUUAUGCUUAACAUUUAAAAUAUAUCGGGGUAAUAUCUAAACUAAAAAGCACUACAAAUGUAUUACACUCUGGAUAUUACUUAUUAACUCAAGAUCUCAUUGCAGUCACUGAAACGUGAUCAGUAACAGCGGUUCCUGGGUUAGGCCGAGCUGAGAGGUAGAAAUAUUGAUUGGAGAUGUUUGAAAGAGUGAAUACACAGAUGAGUAAUUAUUGUUGUAUUGUACUGAUAUGUAGUUUAAAUAUGGGCCUCCAGAGGGUUUUACACCAUAGUUUGUUCUUUGAUACUUUAGUGAACGGAGAUCUGGUCCUGUCAGAUUCCAAAAGAAAGAAUUCAGAUACAGUUCAAAACUACAAAUUAAGGUCAAAAGGGACAUCAACACUAACAUCUGUCAAAUAAAAUGUUGAUAUCACUGAAAAUCAUUUCUCAAUAUUGAUUUGAUUUACAUAUACAAACCGUUUUUAUUUUUGUUGGGUUUUUGUUUUUGAUUUUUUGUUUUGUCUUUAAUGUUUGAUUUGAAAUGUAUGCCAUUCAUGGUUACCAAACACACAAUCAUUUAUAAAAGCUAGUUUUCUUUGUUUUAUCAACAUGUAAAAGUGGUUACUUGAAUAAACAUCCAUGUUAUUUCUUCUUUCACUA